AUGGAAAUAAAUGUGUUAUAUCUUCAGGGAAAAGAGAAGGAUUCUGAAGCCCUCAUUCAGGAUUCUAUUUGGAUACUUGAGCAAGGUGGGCUCGGAGAAUCUAUGAUAUGCAUUCGGAGACUGCGGUAUCUUGCUCAGAUUUAUGUAAAGUCCAAUCGACCUGCAGAUGCUGAGAAUGUACAGAGAAAGAUUCUGCGUAUGAUGGAAUUAUCAAAGGGAUGGAAUUCAUUGGACACUGUAAUUGCAGCUGAGGGCCUUGCCCUGACCCUUCAGUCGGUGGGGAGCUUGAGGGAAGCACAAGAGCUCCUAGAAAGAUGCCUUGAUGCCCGAGAAACCUUACUUCCGAAAGACCAUAUCCAGAUUGCUGCUAACAUGCUACACAUUGCCAGAGUGGAAAUGCUCAUUUCCAGUCAACAGAGGAAGACAAAUAUUGCUAGAGCGAUUGUUCAUCUUGACAAGUCAAAAGAUCUGUUAGACAAUGCGAUAAGGAUAGCUCAACAGGUUUUGGAUAAAAUGACACAGCAAAAAGGGAAUCAGCAAUCCAUUGGGGUAUCCAGAGAGAUGAGAAAAGCUGGGCAUACAGCUUUAGUUAUACUGCUGCAAUCACUUAAUGCUCUUGGGCAAUUGGAAAUCAGUAAGGCGGAACUGCAGGAUUCAAAGGAGAAAAAUACACCAGUUCUUGACCCUGAGGAAGCUUUUCAUCAGUGCAUUUUGGCUUUCAAAGAGUUUGCAAGUGAGAGAUCAUUGUCCGAUUCUCCUGAAGUGAAGUUUGAAUAUCUAUCGUGUCUGAAGCAUCUUUCUAGUCUGAUGAGUACCAAGGGGAUGGAUCAAGGUAGAAGUGGCACUUUGCAAAUGUUGAAAGAUGAAAUCAAGCGUGUUGAACUCGAACUCUCACCUGAUAAAAUGCGUAAAAAUUGA